AUGCUGACCUGCGGCCACGCUCCCCUCCCGGCGUUCCGCAAACCGCGGCGCCUCACCCUCGAUAGAACCGCCGCCGUCACCCAAACCAACGCUUCUCUCUCCACCUUCCUGCCCGGGCGGGGAGGAGCAGCAGCCGCGCCGCGCCGGGGCUGGGCCCAGAUCUGCCGGGAUUCCUCCCGGCCGGGCGCCGAUGCCGCGGAGCAGGACAGAGAGAGCAAGAACGACUUAGCGACGGCGACCGUCCCCAAGAUUGGCGGUGGCGGCGGCGGCGGCGGGCAGCUCAGCGACUGGAUAACAUCGGUGCUGCUGUUCGGGAUAUGGGCGGGGCUCAUGUACUACGUCCUCCAGCUCGCACCAAACCAAACGCCAGUAUGUACGUACAGGGACACAUAUUUCUUGGAGAAGCUUUUAAAUCUUAAAGCCGAUGAUGGCUUUCGAAUGAACGGAGUUCUUGUGUCUCUGUGGUACAUAAUGGGAAUCUGGCCACUGGUGUACAGCAUGUUGCUUCUUCCUACUGGAAGAAGGUUAGUUGUAGAACUGUGGAGAUCCUGUCAUGAUGCAAAUCCAUUUUGGCCGGCCCCGGCAAUUUGUUAUUGCAGUUCAAAAAGCAAGAUUCCAGUCUGGCCAUUCCUGGUGCUUUCAUGCAUUGGAGGAGCAUAUGCGUUGAUUCCUUACUUUGUUCUGUGGAAACCUCCUCCACCUGCCAUUGAUGAAGAUGAAAUUGGACAAUGGCCAUUAAAAUUUCUCGAAUCUAAACUAACUGCAGGAGUAAUUUUUGCCGUGGGCCUUGGACUGAUUAUAUUUGCAGGCAAAGCUGGCGGUGAUGAUUGGCGGGAAUUUUUUCAAUACUUUAGAGAGAGCAAGUUUAUCCAUGUCACGUGUAUUGAUUUUACUUUGCUCUCGACCUUCUCGCCAUUUUGGGUCUACAAUGAUAUGACAUCAAGACGAUGGAAAAAUGGUUGGGUUCUGCCACUGGCAGUUGUGCCUUUGCUUGGACCCUCCUUGUAUCUUUUGCUGCGUCCAUCUCUGUCGUCUCUGCUAGGGGCAACCUCUUCAUCAUCUGACAAUGAGAAGCCUCUGAAAUAA